AUGAGUGGUCCCGGUGGUGCCGCAGUGGCUCUGCCGCCCCGUCCACCACCUCCACUUGGCUUUCCACCACCUCCAAUGAGUGGUCCCGGUGGUGCUGAAGUAGUCGGUGCACCUCGUCCAGCACCUCCACCUGGCCUUCCACCACCUAGAAUGCGGGGUCCCGGUGGUGCCGCCGCCGUUCGGCCACCGCAUCCAGCACCUCCACCUGGCCUUCCAGCGCCUGGAAUGAGUGGUCCUGGUGGUGCCGCAGUGGCUCUGCCGCCCCGUCCGCCACCUCCACUUGGCUUUCCACCACCUCGAAUGAGUGGUCCCGGUGGUGCUGAAGUAGUCGGUGCUCCUCGUCCAGCACCUCCACCUGGCCUUCCACCACCUAGAAUGAGGGGUCCUGGUGGUGCCGCCGCGGUUGGGCCACCGCAUCCAGCACCUCCACCUGGCCUUCCAGCGCCUAGAAUGAGUGGUCCUGGUGGUGCCGCAGUGGCUCUGCCGCCCCGUCCACCACCUCCACUUGGCUUUCCACCACCUCCUAUGAGUGGUCCCGGUGGUGCAGCCGCAGCUGGGCCACCCCGUCCAGCACCUCCACCUGGCCUUCCACCACCUCAAAUGAGUGGUCCCGGUGGUGCAGCAGUGGUUGUGCCGCCCCGUCCAGCACCCCCACCUGGCCGUCCACCACCUCCAAUGAGUGGUCCCGGUGGUGCUGCCGUAGUUGGUCCACCCCGUCCAGCACCUGGCCUUCCACCGCCUGAAAUGAGUGGUCCUGGUGGUGCUGAAGUAGUUGGUCCGCCCCGUCCAGCACCUGCACCUGGCCUUCCACCACCGAGAAUGAGUGGUCCCGGUGGUGCCGCCGCCGUUCGGCCACCGCAUCCAGCACCUCCACGUGGCCUUCCAGCGCCUGGAAUGAGUGGUCCUGGUGGUGCCGCAGUGGCUCUGCCGCCCCGUCCACCACCUCCACUUGGCUUUCCACCACCUCGAAUGAGUGGUCCCGGUGGGGCUGCCGCUUUUGGACCACCCCGUCCAGCACCUCCACCUGGUCUUCCACCGUCUGGAAUGAGUGGUCCCGGUGGUGCUGAAGUAGUCGGUGCUCCUCGUCCAGCACCUCCACCUGGCCUUCCACCACCUAGAAUGAGGGGUCCUGGUGGUGCCGCCGUGGUUGGGCCACCGCAUCCAGCACCUCCACCUGGCCUUCCAGCGCCUAGAAUGAGUGGUCCUGUGGUUUUGCCGCCCCGUCCAGCACCUCCACCGGGCCUUCCACCACCUCGAAUGAGUGCUCCCGGUGGUGCUGCCGCAGUUGGGCCACCCCGUUCAGCACCUCCAUCUGGCCUUUUACCAUCUGGAAUGAGUGGUCCCGGUGGUGCUGCAGUAAUCGGGCCACCCAGACCAGCACCUCCAGCUGGCCCUCGAACACCUGGAAUGAGUGGUCACGGUAAGCAGGAUGGCAUGCUUCAUUGUGACGCAGACCACAUGCACCCACAGCGACACUAA